AUAUAGUUGCCUGCUAUAUUUCAGCCAGUCAGUCUUCUUGAAUCGUCAAUGUUGUGUCGUGUCCUUAUUGUAUCCUACAGUUGAAUACAGCGGAGUUUUCGCAUACGUUCGUGUUGCGUACAGGAUUGUUUGCUUAGUGAGCGUCGUUAGCUCGUGCACGGAACACAUCUUAUUCCACAGCCCUCGUAGCUUCAUUUUUAACUUCAUCCUUGAAAUGGAGUGUCGUGUGUUAUCUAUUCAGAGUCAUGUUGUCAGGGGAUACGUCGGGAAUAAAUCGGCAACAUUUCCAUUGCAGGUGCUUGGGUUCGAAGUGGACUCCAUCAACUCAGUGCAAUUCUCCAAUCACACAGGUUACACUCAUUGGAAAGGGCAAGUGCUGACAGCAGAGGAGCUUAACGUUCUCUAUGAGGGUAUCAAACUCAACAACGUCAACCAUUAUGACUACAUCCUCACGGGGUACACCAGGGACACCUCUUUCUUAGAGACAGUGGUGGACAUUGUUCAAGAGCUGAAGAGGUUGAAUCCCAAACUGGUAUAUGUGUGUGAUCCAGUGAUGGGAGACCAAGGCUCUAUGUAUGUCCCUGAGAAUAUACUGCCUGUUUACAGAGACCAAGUCGUAGCAGUGGCUGAUAUCCUCACACCCAACCAGUUUGAGGCAGAGCUGCUGACAGGGAGGACGAUCAGCACAGAAAAAGACGCUCUUGACGUGAUGGAGCUGCUCCAUCAGAUGGGUCCUGAUACGGUGGUCCUCACCAGCACAGACCUGACCUCUCCUCAUGGGGACCAGUUCCUGGUGGCCCUUGGGAGCCAGAAAAUGGUUAGGACAGAUGGGAGCAAGUCCACCCAGAAGAUUCGUAUUGAGAUGCCCAAGGUGGAUGCAGUGUUUGUGGGCACGGGGGACCUGUUCACUGCCAUGCUCCUUGCCUGGAGCCACCACCACCCCAAUGACCUGAAGGCUGCCUGUGAGAAGACUGUCUCAGUCCUGCACCAUGUUAUCAAGAGGACCAUCACCUAUGCCAACGAGAUGGCCGGCCCUGGUAAGAGACCCAACCCUGCUCAGUUGGAGCUGAGGAUGGUCCAGAGCAAAAAAGACAUUGAGGACCCGGACAUCGUAGUGGAGGCCACCAUCUUAUAAUACCCAACCCCUCAUAAAUAGACAUAUAGGACUUUUACAUCAUGAGGUGUCAUCUUGCCUUAUAGGAUCUUGUAGAGAGCACUGUUUUCAUGAUGGACAUCAGACUAUUUGACCUGCACACCAGACACACACACACAUUUACUUAGUCACUUCCAUGUGUCUUUACUAUGACCUGAGCAUUGUCACCCAUUUGAAAACAUAUAGAUGGUCUUAGAGCAGGGUUGUUUAACUUUUCUCAGCUUGAGAUCCAGUUGAGAAAUUGACCGUCCUUCCGUGACCCAAUUAAUCCUCUAACGACCCAAAUUAAGAAUAGUGUGUGAUUUUAUAGAUGUAUUCUCAUAACUCACAACUCACCUCUCACAUUACCCAGGGCCUACUUUGGGUCCCGACCCAUAGUUUCAGAAACCCUAUCUUAGAGGAACACACACAGGUUGUGGAUAUUACCAUACAUCAGAAUAGUGAAGUGACUGUAUGGAUACCUGAUUGGCCCUCAAUACGGCAUAGGUAUUUGCCGUAUUGAGUUGGUGAUACAUCAUAGGCUUUUAUCAGAUCCAGUGACGCAUUAUAUUUGUGCUACCAUGAAGCAUGUUAUGCAGUACUAAUCCGUGCACGUUUGAUCAUCAGAUUUUCAAUUGUCCAUUUAAAAAAUAUAUUUUAGGCAAAAAGUAUAAUAUUUCAUAGAUUGACAAUUGUACGUUUUUGUUUUCAUUCUUUUUAUGAUGUGAAUGAUUCAUACAUGUAUUGGACUAUUCAUGUACUUUGUCCUAAUAAUAAUGCUUGUCAUUCUUAAAUGUCUUACACAUUUCUAACUGAGGUAACAAUAUUUGCACAGAUAAUCAUGAUAAACAUGUCUGUUAUUAAUGUUAAUCAUUGAAUGCUUUUCAUGGUCUUGAUUGUCUUACUAUUUUCAUAUCGUUACUAGAACACAGGCCUGUGAUGGUAUGAAAAAGUACAAUUUGGCCUUAGCGGAGUCGUUUAGAGGAAUACCGUCGUUGAAUGUUUUGUAUCUAUGCCUGCAAAGGUAAUUAAAUAAAUAUUUAUUAUACAAUGUUAGAAAGAUAAGUGCCAAAGCUGAAGCUCUGAUAAAUGAGGAGGAAUAAUAAAAUAUUUUAAUUAAACCCA